GUGCAUUGAUGGACAUCACAAACUUAUAAUGUACCAUUUUGUAGUACAUGGAUGUGUCGAUGGCUUCUCUAGGAAAACAAUUUUCUGUGAAGUCAGCUGCAACAACCGAGCAUCGACAGUUGUAGAGGCUUUUCAAGAAGGGGUUCAAAGAUCUGGUUUACCCCACAGGGUCAGAGGUGACUAUGGAGGAGAGAAUGAAGAAGUUGCACGAUUAAUUUGCGACCUGUAUGAGGACAAUGGUAGGUUUAUUUUUGGGCCAUCAACCCAUAAUCAACGCAUCGAACGGCUGUGGAGAGAUACACGGGAGAAAGUCAUUGACCUAUUUAAGGAAAUCUUCAUGCAUUUAGAAAGCAAUGGUGUUCUUGAUACAGACAAUAUGCUUGAUAUUUUCUGCCUCCACUACUGUUAUCUUUCUAGAAUUCAACGUGAUUUGGAUCUGUUCGUAGAAACGUGGAAUAACCAUUCUCUGAGAACCUUGCAUGGAAAAACCCCAAAUCAAACGUGGCUCCUUAAUAUGCUUCAUCAAGGUUACGGUCUCAUUGAAGAUAACUUGGCAGUGUCAAGCAUUGCGGAGCAACGUUCUAUGGACACAAUGAUAAAUCGCAUUAUCACAAGUUCAUUUUACUCAGAACUUCCUCUUGAAGUCAUUAACUUAUGGAUUGGACAGUCAGUAGAAACUCUGCCUGAUCCAUUACAAGAAGAUGGCCAAUUUGGGAUAAACAAUUAUUUACAACUACGAAAUCACUUACUGUCAAUUGAUUGAAUACCAAAUCACUUAGCACUAACAUCUAGCUUGUGCUGUGGAAGAAGGAAGAUUGUCUUUAUUGUGGAGUUUGAUUGAUAGGUAACAACAAACUGCAGAACAAUCUUUACAUACACAGGCAGUCAAAAAAAGUCCAGAACAGGUGCUUUAAUUCUAAGCAACCUUCUCAUUCAAUUUUUUUUUUUUUU